CUCUUACGUUGCUGAGAAACAGCUGGUAAACAAUAGGUUAUGAAGUCUUGGGCUGCCCAUAAACAGUAUAAAAAGUGUUAAAAGAGCUGUGUGAGAAAGAAUGGCUUUCUGGAAGUCAAAUGUUCCUAGAUUUCAGGAAAACAUUAGCUCUGCACCCCCUCCAACGAAGUAUGCGCCAAAGAGCAACAUCACAGUGAAGGGAUGUGUCUCAUACGACAAGCAGGCGAUGGCCCGCUUUGAUGCGGGGCAAUGCCAAACCGCAGAUAAAUAUGGAAAAAUGACCACGAGAAACGGUACAUAUAGCGUGAGGUCGAGUAAAGUAAGAAGUGAAAUAGAGAGAAAUAAAGGAACAUCUUCUACGAGAAAGAAACGGAAUAUCAUAAAGCCUGCAGUGAAACAAAAAUUGUCUAAAGAACAGUCAAAGAGUACAUCUAGCCUGACCUCGGGGAAACGCAGCAGUGAAAUAAAGAGAGAAAUCAGAAAUCCUGCAUCGAAAGAACAGUCAAAGAGUACAUCUAGCCUGAACUCGAGGAAAGGAAGCAGUCAAAUAAAGAGAGAAAUCAGAAAUCCUGCAUCGAAAGAAAAAUUAUCUAACGAACAGGCUCUGCACCCCCUCCAACGAAGUAUGCGCCAAAGGCCAACAUCGCAGUGA